UGCGUUGGAAUAGCACAUCAACUGAAAAUGUUGUGGAUGACAUAGUAAUAAAUGAUGGUGUUUAUACGGGCAUGAAUGUCACAAAUCUGACAACAAACACGAUUCUGGAAUUUUACCCUACUAACAACUUGGCCGAGCUCUUUGCUAUGCUGGAGGAACUACGUUUUAAAGUUUCGGAUUUUUUUUGGGAAAGGUUAAGCAUAGUAUUUGCAAUUAUCAGUGUCAUUGGUAAUUGUUUCAUAAUUGCUGUUCUCGGAAAAAAAGGCGAAAAGCUAUCUUCAACUUCUAUAUUCAUCCUGUCACUUGCCCUGGCUGAUUUGUUUGUCAGUGGAUACUUUAUUGAAGGUUUUCUUGUAUCGAAUGAUUACAUUUUAGGCGCGUAUAGUACAUUUGACUGUAAAUUUAGAAGAUCCUUUCAAAUACUAGGGCGUAAUGCUUCUCCUUUGACACUUUGUUUGAUAUCUGUAGAACGAGUAUUUUGUGUUGUUAUACCGCACAAGGUAAAAAAUAUAUUUACAAGAAAGGUUGCAUUUUUUCUGUUACUUGCGGUAUGGAGUAUAUCCUUAGCAUUUAUUUCUUUGUAUGCCUUCAAUUACAUAUUUGUGAUCACAUCUUUGGGUAAUCAUUUGUGUGUUAUACCUUAUAGUGAAAAGUAUAUAAGUGUUACGUAUCGGAUAAGUAGUAUUAUGGGUUUUGUCCUAAAGAAUGGUACUUGGUUGAUUAAUGUCAUUUGCAUGAUAAUCAUAACACGGACCUUGAUUCAAAACGUUGUUGUGAGAGGCGGUAAAUCUGUUAAAACACCAGUAAAGUCGGUGACUUUAAGUUUGCUUACAGUAAAUGCCGUUUAUAUUCUAUUCAUGACACCAAUUGUUUUGUAUGAUGGCUAUGUUAUGGCUUUUAUGGAAAAAGAACUAAACCUUUUUGAGUUCUAUAACCACAUAAAUGUGCACAAUAUUCUGCAGUUUCUUUCAAACAUAAACAACGUCUUGAAUAUCUUUAUCUAUUUUUUGCUUGGUGCAAAAUUUAGAAAAGACAGUAAAGAGUUCUUACUUUCAUUCAAACUGUUACAAAUAUGUUGUCUUCCAAAAGCGCAAAAGGAUUGCUAGAUAUUAUCAAUGAAAUCCAAAUUAAACAUUCUAAAGUGACAUUAUGCCUACCUAAGUUUAAUGGUCAGUAAAACGUUAAAACUCAAACUACCUUGGUAUUUUGCCAUAACUGUGGUGAUUUUUUUAUUUCACAACGAAAGAAUCAUAAAUAAUCUGCGAUGUUCAGAAUAUAUCGGUAUUGUUCAAUAUUUACAAAGAGUGGGGCAAUCUUUACAUAAUUAAGGUCAUUUUAAUAAAGUUUCAGUUACAUUUUUCAGUAUCAAUUAUUGGUCAAUCACUAUUAUAACAGUCAUUCUUUUGAAAUAUAUUACUCAUUCUACUCAUAUUUACACCGAUACAAUGAGCAGAAUGUCACUUUAUUGAACAAGUAAAAAAUGUUAUGAAAGUAAAUAUAUGCGCUAUUUGGACAAAGAAAAAAUAUUUUCAUUGCAACCACUUUGUCUCUAUGUAUUGUUUUGCUUUAAGAAUAUAUGUAUCAGGGUAAAUUGUAUUGUGUUUGAGGUAGAUGCCUCGCAUUGUGAUUUUAAUUGUAUAUCCUUUCUUUCAAAGUGUAUAAGUUUUUUUUCAAAUAUUGAUGAACACAAUUUGAAUGCAUCAUCUGCAUAUUCUUAUGAAAUAUUUCUGCAAAACAAAAUAUUGAUAGAGUUUAAAAGGGAUUUAGUAGAGCAUUUAUAUGGUAAACGAUUAUGAUAAUUUUUUCUAGAAAUGUCAUAUUUGAUCAUGUAUCUCACACUUACCAUCAACUGUCAUAUAUUAUUUUUCAUAGGAUACUAAAAAUUAUCAACAUAAUUAUUAGUAUCGUUUCAAAUCCUCCAUUAUGAGCCAAUUCACUUUACUUUUCUUAAUAUCAUUACUUUACAUGUAGUCAUACUGAUCUGAAUUUGACGGGACUUAAGAAAUUCUUCGACUUACAUGGAAUUUUGAGUAAGGCGUUUUUGAGUCAUUGAGAGUCAUUACGUUACAUGUAGUCAUACUGAUCUGAAUCAAAACAUAUCUUUGUGUAUCUUUUGCAUACGCCUUCAAGUUAUAUUUGUAUUUCAAAAUAUUGUUGUAUUACAUUUGACAUGCACAAUUAUUCUGUUAUAUAAACAUAGGAAUCAAUGAAGAAUAAAACUCAAUGCCAAUCAUGCUUAUGUUAUAUUUGUAUACAGUUUCAACUUACUUAUAGAACAUUCAUAUGAUUUAAGAUGAAUUAUUUGAGUAGAAAGCAACGUUUAUAGCCCCAAUCGCAAACUGUAGCAAAUCGCAGGGACAUACUUAUUUGAUAUUUACACAACCCUAUUAAUUCUACGAAUAUGAAGAAAGAUACUGUGACACUUUAAUAUUUGUUAUUUUGUGUGUUUUUAUUUUAUUUCAUUUCCUUUUUACAAUGUUUUUUUCUAAUAGUUCAUAUUUAAUUCACACCAAAGCCUUCAUUUAAGACACAGGAACGCUUUAGUUUUUGCGUAUUUAUGUAUGAACUUUCCUAAAAUAACAAUUCUUAAAAGGAUGAAUGUUCAAAAUUCAGGAAAUCUUAAUAAAAGG